CAAACCUCAUAUGGCAUGCAUUGUACAGGUUUUUCACAUCAAUUUCGCAAUUGAUUUGAAAUUUUUUAUUAUUGAAUAACAACUAGUUAUAUAUUUGUUAUUAUUAUAAUGUAUCCCCAACGUUCGUUUAGUAUUCACCGAUUAUUAAUAUUAAGAAGAGAAAUUCGUCUUUUAUCAAGCGACAAGAAAAGUUCAAAUAAUGAGAAUAAUGAUAAUGUAAAAACGAAAAAAACACCAAAAUCUAGUGUAAUUAAAGUUAAAGACAAUGAAAGAUUAACAUCAUUAGAAAAAAAGGUUGACUCAUUCAAAUCAAUUGGUCCGAAUGAUAAAAAUACGAUUAAUAAAAUGAUUGCCAAGCCUAAAAUUCACGUGCGACAAAGUGCACGAUCAAAAGAAAAGGUUGAGGUUAAGGAAGAUCUCGAACCGAUGGAAGUUUUAGCUAGAGGUUUGGACAAAAGACUUGUUGAUGCAGCUCGAAGGGUUGCUGAUCGUAUGCCUAGACAUUCAGCCCGACUAACAGAAAAACAACUUUUGGGUUCAAUACAAAAACAACGAAAAGAAACUGCCGAAGCAGCGAAAAAAAUGAUGACAGUAAAAGAAGAUAGAUCUGAAAGCAUUAGCUACAAAAUUUUAGCUAGUAAGACUGAGCCAAAACUAUCUGACGAUCAAAUGGGUACCACUUCUAAAGUGGUAAGAAUCAAACUUCCUCUGGAUUCAACAUUGGAUUUCGAUAAAUCUAGACCAACACGAAAGCGGCCAAUAUCAUUAUUUUCCAAUGAAUGUCUCUCAAUUUUCGAUCCUAAAGGAAUAUAUCUCACCGAUCAAACCUAUAAGAAUUCUUUAUGGCAUAAAUUGACUGAACGAGAGCUAGAAUUAUUUCUUGAAAGGCCACCAAAAAAUUUGUUUGAAGAAAUGAUCAAAUUGACCGAUGAUGGAAAGUUGUGGCAAUAUCCAAUUGAUAAUGAACAAGGUCUGGAUCACGAAGAAUCGGUUCCAUUCUAUGACCACGUUUUGUUAGAUAAUCUACUAAAUGAGUUUCCACAACGUGGACCAGUUCGACAAUUUAUGGAACUAGUGCUGUUAGGUUUAUCACAGAAUCCAUACAUAACUGUGCAACGAAAACGUGAAACAAUACAAUUUUAUAAAAAUUUUUUUGAAGAAAAAAAUCUCUUGUCAGAAAUUGAAGAUUUAGAUCAAUAAUUCUCUAUUUUUGUAUUGUAUAAUGUUAUUUCUAAUUAGAAAAAAUAAUUAUAGCCAAUGAUAA